AUGGAAGAAGUCUAUGACUAUUCUCGGCAUAGAUAUUGUAUUCUAAUCGAUUUUGGCUAUGACAUCAUCACCUCUAAAGCGGAAGCCAUUAAUAAACCUCACCUGAUUGUUGAAAGGUCAGCAAACAGAUUUCGUACCUCAAUUUUAUAUGACACUACCACGAGAAAUAUCAUUGCCAGAGGCAACAUGGCUGAUGAAGAGAAUGAGAAUCUGGAAGAUCUCCAAAAAGGCGUUAUUUAUAUACGCAACACCUUAAGCGAGCUUGCUGACAUUUAUUUAAAAUCAAAGCAACAAUCCUUCGACACUACGGCACCGUACGUGCUCUUGUACGAGGAAGCUAUAGACCUGUUACAAAAAAUACUGGAUCAACAUAGAAAAGAGUUGAAUAGUGUAAAUAUGGAUUUUUUUUAUUCUUUGAAUCUUCCAACCAGUUGGGAUUAUGAAUUAAGAGAAGAAUUGUUCCUGCCUCUAUUCGUAAAAGCUGGUCUUCUCCAUGAAAAUGAUGGUCCAGGCAGGCUAGUGUUUUAUUCAAUGUUAGAUGUCAAUUUUCAAAAUAUGCAGAUGGAAGCAGACCAACAUGAUAGUAGAAACAUAAUGUAUGGUGAUCAGCGCGUUAUGUGUACAUUAGAUUAUCAAGAUACAUACUCCCUGGAUUUAAAAUUGGUAUCAGCUCAAUAUCCUGCUUUCAGAUUAGCAAACAGAGAAUUGGUGCCACAAUUGUUGAAACAAGCUCACAUUGUAAUCCCAUUUGGACUAAAGGAACUACGAUUGUCAUUAAUAGCAUGUGUGGAAAAGCAUUAUGAUACUACGUUAUCAUCAGAAUCUAUCGACGACAUACUUGAAAAACUCAAUCAAGAGUACAAAAGAUUUUAUAGUUUCGGAAGUCGAAGUAGGUUUUUAGGUGAUCAGCCAUUGCCAGACUUGAAAUCUCGCUGGACGAAUAAACCAAUCACUUUAGAGGACAUACUUGAACAUUUUUUUGGUCAUGCAGAAAAAUUCUUUAGGAGUGAAGUAGAUAAAUUUCUUGUAGGCAGGAGCAAUACAGUACCCAGACCAUUGGACAUUUUUUGGACAAGUCGAAUCCCGGAAACAUUUUUAGCUAACGGGCUCAUGUCAUCAGUUGAUUGUUGGUCGGAAAAGUAUUUCUGGGAACUAACAGAAUCUUACACAUCCGCGGAAAUCUGUUAUGAUUUACCCGUAUCAAAACACGUUCACAAUAAUUACCGAGAAUAUGCAACUCAACGGCUUUUAAACUACCGAAUGGAAGAAUUUAACUUGCGUAGAAACCCAGUUAUACUACCCAACGAAACAGCAAUGGAAGAACCCAAAAGUUGCUUGAAACCUAUUAUCUUCAUCAAUAUCGGAUCGAAUUGGCGAGCCAACAACAUUUGGUAUAGCGUCUCUAUGGACAAAAAGUUUUUGGAUACUGUGUUUGGCUCAAUAAAAAAAUUGGAAAAAUUAUUCUUUGCAAGUGGAAUACUCAGGAAGGACGACGAACUUCGAAAAGCAAAAUUCUGUACCCGUGGUGAAGAAAUACUACCCGCUAUCCAACACAAGUAUCAACAUUUGGACUUUAGGUUGAAAUCAUACUUUGUUGUUGUACAGAUAUUUUCAAAGCAUAUUCAACUCAGUUUGCAUCAAGUGGUCAAACUGGCAUCACCUGGAGAAGAUCCCGCAUCCAUCAUUGUUCAAGAUAAAAUUAUACAUAUCGAUGAUGUUUAUGACACACUUUGUAAGAGUAUUAUGAAGAGCAUACAAGUCAAUUGUCAAGUUGACUAUUGUACCACGCACAAGAUUCAGGAAGAUACACAAUAUCAUUUCCAGUCAUUUGAGAUAUAUAGCAAUAUCUAUCGAAAUUUAAAACCAUACGUUGUUGAACUUUUCGAAAAAAACAAAUCAAAUUUGAACAUGGAUUCCAAAAUACAGCUGGAUUUCAACACGAAAUGUGGUUGCAGUAUUAGUAUAUUUCUUCGUGACAUUAUUGAAACAGGCCUUAUGUCAGUGAUAGAAAGUAUGGCAACAGAUAUAGUGGCUUCUUUGACCAACAAAAAGUUAUUCGGAAACUAUGUACCGAAUUAUAUUUUUGUGUUUGGAGACCCGUUCAAUCUGGGGCAGGGUUCAAAGAUCCACAUCGUAUUCACCAUGCUUAUGCAAAAAACGAUUGAUGACGGUGUAUAUAUUAAAGAAAAAGAUACAAAGACAUUUGUACUAAGAGAAUCUAUUUUCAAACAACUUCAGACGUUUGUAUCUGAAAAAAAGCCUUACAUGUUUGAUAGGUUUGUCACCGGAACUUUGUGCCAAGUAUCAAGCAAUACAUACGGGUUACGGAUUAAAAAAGAAUUAUCAUACGAAUGCAUGUCUUUCACACGACUAAACAGUGAUGGUGAUAUCAAAAAUACUGUUGCAGAUGAUGGUGAUAUCAAAAAUACUGUUGCAGAUGAUGGUAGUUAUUUCGUGUUUAUUCAGAAAGGGAAGCCGGUUCCAACAAAAAGGCUUAUACUUCAAAACAAUGAACCUAAAAAUAUAAAAUUAGAAAUUCUUCAAUUAGAAAGUUCAACCAGUACUGUUCCGGACAAGUAUACUCUAUUGCACGGCGACACUCCUGGUGCUAAUUAUGUAAUAUACUUGGAACUUUUGACGGAUAAUUCUAUUAAUACAAUUGUUGUAGAAUAUAGGCAGAUUAGCAAUUAUUUAUCUAUCAUAAUAUCAAGAGGAUAUAUGGUUUAUAUUGAUAAUUAUAUUGAUAGACCUCAUUACUCAACCAAAGAUAUCCUGGAGCCAUUGACACUCGCGUAUAUUUAA